AUGUCUCGUCAGAAGAGAGCUCGCAACCGUCUCAUCAUCCUCUUCAUCUUCGGUGCCUGUCUCACUUCCCUCUACAUUUUGCUUCUGAAAAUCAAACGGAUGUACCAUUUGACUCAAAUGGAAGAGAAUUCGAGACACUUUGCCAUCAUCAAUGACAUUGUCUUUUACAAUUCCACAUAUUCGUCCACUUCCAAACCCUCAUUCAUGUUCCUGAUAACCAGUCAAAUCACAAACUUCUAUUUGCCUAUGACGUGCAGUUCAAACGACGGCUACUCGGAGACAACUUCCGAAAUAUCGUACGUCUCCCUUCUGUAAAUGUGGUAAACUUGAAUGCCAUUCAGAAUACAACAGAUCGGAGACUCUCUCCUGAUCGGAACGUGCUCCGUCGUCGAUGAUCCUCUCUACGUUUCUCUCAAACUCGACGACUUCAAUCUCCAGGUGACUGCCUCCUCCCUCUGCUUUCCACACGUUUUCCCUACUUCCAGAUUGACAUGCCUGAUUCUCUAGAGCCUCUUUCGUUGAAUGAGAUGAUUGUGCAAGAGGAUCACGUGAUUUGCAUGUCCCAUUUAGUGCUCUACGAAGACGGAACCACAAUACUUUCGCUUCUGAAACACUUUAAAAACUCGGCUGCCAAGAUAAUGAUCUACGCAGCAAGCGUAAGGCAAGUUUCUCUUUUCGCCUCCUUCUCUAACUCUCUCCGUUUUCAGUGACAGUUUGUACAAAGCUCUGGAGGAGUAUUCUGAGAACAUUGAAGUUAUUCCUUGGAUGUUACCGGAGAGCAAGAAACGAGGAGAUUUUGACAAGUUGAAGUUGGAUCCGAACUAUUCGAAAGCGGGCAUGGAGGGCAGUCUGACCCACUGCUUCCUUAAAUAUGCUCCAGUUGUGCAGAGAGUUACUCUCAUCGACCUUGCAACUUUGAAGUUCAAUUCGAUUCCAUUCGGUCCGGACUACACUCUUAAGUCAGAUUAUCAUCAAUUUCCAUAUUUUGAACUAUUCAUUUUCCAGCAAAGAAGUGACAAAACUGAUUGUAGACGAAUGGAGAAUCAAGAAGUUGAUCAACUAUCGAGUCACUGUGAAUUCUCGUGAGUCGAUCGCAUUUCAAAAUGUUUCCGACUGACAGAAACGCUUCAGAGAAUGACGUCGUUCUUCACGAGAAAUGUUUCGUUCGUCAAGAUGCGCGAGAUUGGGAAAAAGAGUGCGGAGAUCUUCGGAUUCCCGAUGCAGACACGGUCAGUCGGGUGCUAUAGAGGAGAGAGUGACAGACUAGAAUGUGAUUAGUUCGAGUGUGAAAGGGUGCAAUUCUGAUGGGUCUCAAGUGUUCUGUACUUUUCAGCCUUCUCGAUCAGUCUACAUUCCAAAAGUAAUCCAAUUCGACAAUUUGAGUAUUUACGAGGACGCCCUCGGCCGGUAAUUCCCUUCCAAUCCACUGCCCUUUUCCCCAAUUGUGAUCAGGUGCACGUCAUACAAAUCAACGAUCGAGGACCGUCAAAAACUGAUGAAGUUCGAGUUUGAAUUGGAGAACCGCGUUUCUUCGGAAGUGUGUGAAAUCGAGCUGAUGCGCGACGAUUUCAAGUGUCGAGUGGCGAUGGAUUACAGCAAGAAGAUGUUUCGACGGCGGACACGUCUUCUGAUUACCCACAAAAGAGCGUUUUUACGGUUUUGGGACGGAUGUCAUUUGUAGAGAAAAAUUUGAUCAUCGAGUGAUUUAAAGUACAGUAUCGGAGUGUCUGUAGUUGUUUUUUCGACGUCGUCGUUGCGACGGAUUAGCCCUGUUUGCGUUGGAAAUAAAAAAAAAAUUGAAGAGAACCGGUAAAUUCACGAUUCUUUUUCCAAUUAGUCGCUCUGAACGAGUUCGGUUAAACCGAUAAUCACUUUUUUCAAUCGCGGAAAGAGACCUCCCACGAAGCGGACCGAGUUCCGAUUCAUUCUGUGUCCAUUCGCAUCAGUGAUAGGCCCUCCUGGCAACAAUGACUGGAACUCGCUUCGCUGGUAAGGUUGUGCUUGUCUCUGGAUCCUCGAGUGGAAUCGGCCAAGCUGCGGCGGCUCUGUUCGCUGGUGAAGGCGCGCAAGUUGUGAUAUCCGGAAGGGAUGCGGAGAAGGUUGAGAAAACGAGACAGCUGUGUAUUUCUGCCGGAGCGAGAUCGUGGAACAUCCAUGCCACCGUUGGGGAUCUUAUGGAUGAAGGCUUCCUGAGCAUUCUUGUAGAUACUGUCAUCGAGACGUUCGGAAAGUUGGACAUCUUGGUGAGACCUCUCAUAUUCGUACGUGAUUCAACAUGAUCUUUUCAGAUUAACAAUGCGGGAUCCUUGGAAGUCGACAUGACUGGGAAGCAAGGAUGGGAAAUGUCCGCGGAAGUGAUGGAGAAGUCCUUCCGCUCCAACUUCUACCAGUUAGUUGAGGCUGUCCUUCUCAUUAAAAUGAAAUCUUCCAGGGUGUUCCUUCUCACUCAAAAGGCUUUCCCUCAUCUCGAGAAAAGCAAGGGAGAUAUUGUGAAUGUGUCCACAUUCCUCUCCACUGGACCGCUCGGAGUAAUGUCUAUGCCCUAUUAUGCGGUUCCGAAAGCUGCUCUUGACCAAAUGAGCAGAUCUAUGGCUCACGAGUACAUGCUGAAAGGAGUCCGUUUGAAUACGGUAAAGUAAGUUGAAUUGAGGCGUGACAAGUAAAACAAUGUUCUUGAUUUUGUCCUGGUUUGGUCUCUACUUCGUUCUUCGCUCGGCUCCCAGGGGUCGGUGACGAGAACGCGCGGAAGAUGGAAAGUUACGUGCAAAGCAAGCCAGAGUACAUUCCAUUGGGAAGAGUUGCGACCGCCAACGACGUGGCUCAAACUAUUUUGUUCUUAGCCGACAGGUUUAAGGUCGCAUAUACACAAUUUCCAAGAAGUAAUCGUUGCAGAAAAGUGUCGGAAUGCAUCGUUGGCCAAAGCAUCAUUCUCGACGGCGGUUCCCGUCUGUGCUGCAACAUUGACAUGUCGGACUACAAAGAGAAGAUGAACGACGCUUAA